GUUUCGGUGGUCCUUCGUACGCCAUCUUGGCCGAGAUCGGACCGACAUAUUGGCAGGUCUGAUGUCCAUGGUGGCAGAAGGCAGGCGAGAGAUUUGGGCUGCCGAGGUCGGCGUGUUCAUGGCAAACACAUCCUCUAAGCUGUUGGGUCUCUUCGAGAACCUCAGGCUCCUCCUUGUGGAUCCUUAUCACCUACAUACGGAGAAUCACACCGAGAAGCAUCAACAGUUCGAGGAAUUCUAUGUGUCCUCACGAUCUACCUUCUCCGCAGCCACCAAGGCCACUCAAGCCUACCGGCUCCGGGCGACCUUCGCACUUCAGAGCUCAGAGUCGCUUUCCUGGCUGAGGGAUGAUCUCGACUUUGUCUUCCUUGAUGGCGACCACCGCUAUGCGAGCGUGCGCAAGGAUAUCGAGGUCUUUUGGCCCCGUCUGCGCCCCCACGGAAUCCUUGCUGGCCACGAUUUCGCACCCACUUUCCCAGGAGUUGUGGAGGCCGUCACGGAAUUUGCGCUCGCAGAGGGCCUGGAGCUGCUACUUGCACCUGAGGUGUGGUGGAUCUUCAAGCCUGCACCGGAUG